UCUCUCUCUCUCUCUCUCUGGUGGUUUUGCCUGAGGCAAACAGACGUUUCAUGUUAACAUGCUCCUAAAACCAACUACACAGUCACACAGACAGACAGCAGAGAGAGAUGUCAUGUGUGAAAUUAGAUCCCGGUAUAACCAUUGGGAAUCAAUGAGAAUCAUCGCUACAAAAUAAAAAUACAAAAUCAUCCUACAAACAGACUCAGUCUAGUCCAAUAUACAACACGUAAUAAACCGUGUUUUGCCUCCACUGAUGCAGAUGUGAUUAAUGACGACAUAGUAAGAACAUAGCCUUUAAUCUAUUCAUUUUUCUUCAAUUAUUAAACUUAAAUCUGCAGAAUCAUUCCCAAAGAAAUCCUUACCAUUCAUUUCAAAAUAAAUGUACAAUAAGAGGAAUAAUUCACAUUGCUCCAGAGUUAUUCUCAUUCAAGGUGAAUUCAGAUAUGAGUAAAUUAGCAUUUAAUUGCCAUGAUCAUCCGGUCUUGGGCUUAAGCCUGGUGUAAUGGGUGUCAUAUAUGUGACAGGUAACAAGGCAGAGUUAUGGCGCUAUGCUAACACAUAUUGAGAGGCAGCGACAGGCCCAGGACUCAGAGUGGUACCUGGGGAUUUAAACUGCCUACAUCCUUUGGUGAUGGAUGAAUGCUCUCAAGUACACAGGGACAGUUAGUGGGAGGAUGUUGGGAGAGAGAGAGAGACCGGGACGGAAAAAAAGAGAGGGUCAUGGGGGUAACAUAUCAAGUGAGGGACUAUACUUCUUCAGCCUGUGGGAGGCAUAGGAGAGGGGUGUGUUCCUGUAAUGCACAGGCAAGAAGGGAAUGGGGUGAUUAUGAGAGAGGAUCUCCCCUGGGGGGUAAACUCUUCUCUGGCAGCUUGGAGCAGAUCACACGCACAAACAAACACACGGACACACGGACACACAGGCCAGCACCUUUCCACCAGCAAAUUGAAGAUAACUGACAUUGUGAAUGUGAAUGAGCCGAAUAAUCCAUGAACACCACAGAGUAACGGUGGUAAAUGUGAACUAGGUCAGAUUGGGAUGUUCCGCUGUUGUUUAAACCUGCUCUCUGCUGACAUAUCACCGGGGAGCCAGUGUACGAUCGGGAAACAGUUGUUGUUCCAGUCAAUCCCUAACUGCUAUCCACAGGUACGUUUAGCCUGAGGACGGCAAUCUGGACCGGGCACGGUAUGGGACAUCUGGAACAUUAGGCCCUUCUAAGGCCCACCCCUACCCACCAUCCUCUCAUGUCACACCUCACUCCUGACGCUCCCUUUCUCAGACACGUUUCUGUCUCUCGUGCCACUGACGCCCGCCCCGGAGCCGGGCACAGCCAGCCGUAUAUCUGGGGAGGCGGGCCGCCGAAUAUUAUCAGCAAGGGGAAUUAGACUCAUUAACGAGGGAAAGGCAGAGAGGACCUGCAGCCAGAGGCACCCCCCCUCCCCUGACUCCACCUCCCCCCUUUUCCAGUAGUCACACAGAAAUACACCAAAUAUACAGAUGUGCAGACAUAUGCUCAGAAUGAGCCCCCACCAGUACAUUCAGGUAGCUGAUUAUGGUAUGUCAGUCACAGUCGUGUGCUAUAAAACCGCGGUAACAGCCCAAGGUGCUGGCACAGCAGAUACUGUCUGUCUAAAUGUAAUCACGUUGAUCCCUUCACAACUCACUUCAGGAAGCCUCCUGUUCACUCUCUCCCGCCAUUUCAGUCCCACAAAACAAUGUACAUCUAAUCUACAUUGUAGCCAGUCUUUCUAUUUCUAUUGUUUGAUGCCAGGUGAGGGAAGAGAAAACCGAGCGGCUCGUAAUUAGAUGAUUUGGGCUAAUUAGGGGAUUAUCUACAGAUCUGGUAUGUUGGGAAUAGAAGCACAGCAAGAGAAACAAUUAGUCUGUAAAGCAAGAUAGAUGUAUUUAUAAUGAGAAAUGUAAAAUCCUACAUCCAUCCAUUUGUAUUCUGAAUUGUAACAUACUACGGCACAUGCAAUUUAUAAUGUGAAAUGUCCUCUGUUUAGCUCCUUCUCAGGCUGAACAUUUCCAAUAACCUUCUUGUUUGGACCUUGAAAAUAACUUGAACCUCCCACCAGACCAGUGAAGAAGGCUCCUUCAUUAAUCCUGACAGACUCUUGGAGUCUCUAGCAGCUCUUUAAAUUACCAUCAGUAUUCAUGCCUCUCAGUUAUCAUCUAACACGCAAACUGAUGAUUUCCAGAGGAGCAGGAGUCACAUUAAUAUAUUAUUAUUGCAAUUAUCUGGUUAGAAAGGUCUGGUCUGCCUGUUCAGAGAGAUCUGAGUCGUCUACUGGCCACUUCAUUAACACACUACAGAAACAUGUGACCCUGUGGCAUCACCACAGAGGACCACACACACAUGCAAAAUUCUGUUUGUGAGAUCCAAUUAAAAGUCCUAUUGACGUUAGAGUCCUGCAUGGCAGUAUGAUAUCAGUACGAUGGCUAAAACAGCAGGAACAAUUACAAAUGUGAUUAUCCUGGACUGUUUUACAUUAUGCUGUGAUUAAAUUAAACACUAUCUGGGACGACUGGUUGUUCAUGGCACCUUUAGUUAAACACGUGGGUUUUUUGUCGUUUGACAUAAUUAUUACAAUGAUUUCUUAAACCCCCAAUACUGUCCUACAAAUGUGUUAAUUAAGGUUAUUGACUAAGCCCCUGUUUAACAGCCACGUACGUAACUAUUGCUAAAUAGGGAAAGAUAAUACAAACAAUCAAAUUCAAUCUGUCUGCCUUCUUUCCUGCAUGCCUGCCUGCCUGCCUGCCUGCCUGUCUGUCUGUCUGCCUGUCAAUAUCUGUUUAUAACACAACCACUGUAAUGUUACUGGAACUGUACUAAUGGCUAUUUAAUUGAGUGAUUACAGAGUGAAUAUGGACCAUUAGAGCACCAUCAUCGUCAGGUGUUGCAGAGUGCUCUGGAGGGACCACCAGAGACAGGUGUUCUUCAGAUUGGAUCUGCAACAGAACAACAUCCACGUAACAAAGUCCACACUCUGCAGUUCUUAGCUCUUUUCACCGACGGCAUGUCUAUUGUCACCGCGAAGGUUUAUAUGGAGGCAGCGGUGGACCUGAGGAUUACAUCUGUCUAAGGAGCGCUGAACCAGGCUGUUUUUCUCUGCCUGCCUCGUCUCAGCCAUGAGUUGUCUGGAUGUAAUGUUUCAUCAGGGCUAUGGAGCUCACUGCCUCCCAACGUCUUCAGCAGCAGCGGCAGCAGCCUAUAAAGCAGCAUACUACCACCACCAUCAUCAGCACCACCAUCAGCAACAGCUGCAACAGAAGAAGCUGAGUGUGUACAGUAGGAUGCAACAGGACAGUGUGGAACAGCAGUGUCCAGGAGCAAGACAGCAACAGCUGUGUGGGGGAGGAAAGGGCAGGCCAGCCGGGGAUCAAGGGGUCCAUAGGGCUCUGGAGAGUUCUGGGCUGGGGGCCUCGGUUAAGGACAGCCAGCCGGCUGAAGCAGAGUACCUGAGCUCCAGGUGUGUCCUGUUCACCUAUUUCCAUGGAAACAUCGGGGAUGUGGUAGAUGAGCAUUUCUCCAGGGCACUUAGCCAACUUAGUGCCUUCACUGGGGAAACCAAGGCCACCAGGAGCACCCCGAUACACAUCUCUGGCUCAGCUGGACUGUGGAAAGGUAGAAAAGACAGUGUAUCUCUCCCAGAGGGCCAGUGUGGUUCAUUGUCCUCUCCGCUGUGGGGUGGAAGUUAUCCAUCCCAGAGCAGCGCCUGUCUCUCCGUCCAUCCAGACUUCUCCCCCAGUUCAGCAGCCUUCCACAUCCCAGAAGGAGCCUUGUGGACCGGCCAUGCUCUGCCCCAGGCCAGUCUGCCUCCCCAAGCCUCUCUGCCAGACCCCUGGGCCUACAGCCUCAGCACUCAGAACUCCGCCAGCUACACGCACGUCCACGACGUCUACCCGCACGCACACCCUCACGCACACGUGCACCACCGUCACCCCCCACCGGUGCUGCACCCCCACCCCACCCAUGGGCCAGGCCUAGACCCCAGGUUCAGCCCUCUGCUACUGCCUGGAGUGAAGACUCAGAGCCCCAUCAGCCCACACCUCCCAACACACAGCACCAGGCUGAGCAGCCAGAGCCCAGGGACACACACUGAUGUGAAGACAGAGGUGGAACAGGCCAGCUCCACUUCCCCCACACUGGCCCCCUUAGCCUGGCCCACAACUCAUCACACCUCCCUGGAUAGCUAUGACUCAGGUAUGGAUCAGGAAAAAGUGAAGUCCGUUUGGUUCUAAGAGAGAGGAUAUGCCCCAUGACCCAUGUGUUUGAGUUUGCCAUGUCACGUGACCUGGAUUUUAACCUUCAUUUUAUAAAUUGUUUUACCAAACUGGCCAAUAUAAUUUUCAUGUCCAAUGGUCCAGCAUUUCUGUCAAAGGCUUAAAAUAAAGGUUUCAAAUCCAGGUCGUGAUUAUUCAAAAGAUAUGAAAUCACUGAGAUGUUAUUAGCCUGCUACAGACAUGUAGUCAGCUCUACCAAAACCUAAGGGAACCACCACACAUUUUCAGUGGAUUCACUGACUCACUAAAAGUCUCUGCUUACUAGAAUAACUCAAACGUCCAGGGUGGUUCACGUUUCUCAGAAAGUCCAGGGUGGUUUAGGUUUCUCUGAACGUCCAGGAUGGUUUAGGUUUCUCAGAACGUCCAGAAUGGUUUAGGUUUCUCUGAACGUCCAGGAUGGUUUAGGUUUCUCAGAAUGUCCAGGAUGGUUUAGGUUCAUCAGAACGUCCAGGGUGGUUAAGACUUCUCAGAAAACCCUUUGGAGAAGCAUACAAAAACUGUCCCAGAUGAACCAGGAAAUACUUCUGAUCACCUUUUAGCCACGUUUAUUUUUAUUUGUAGCAAUGGUAUAUUAGCUUACUAUGGGGCCUAAACAACACAUUGCUGGUUCUGUUUAAAGAACUUUGUUUGUGGAAAUAGCGCUCAGCCAAGCCUCUCAGCUGUUUUACACUAUUAAGCUAUGUGUUUAAUUGACUGUAAUAUAUUUUGUAUAUAGUGCUUUGAUCUGAAGUGAUUGUUGUUUACUUAAGAGUUUGAUUGUUGCUGUUUUCAACCCUGUGUUGUGAUGUUGCCUAGUGUCCUGUAUGUGUGAAUAAAUGCAAUUAUUGAUAUGUAAUAAAUUGCUAAGUUCUA